AGAGAGUAUUUUUUCAGUUGUCUCUCGGCCGCAUUCUCAAGCACAUCGCGUGCGCCUCUUGCUUGCACAACCGAUCGCGCGAAAUUGAUUUACCAUUCGAGCCACUUGUGUGACCCACAAAAUCCCUGUGCAAAAAUACAGUGACACACAAUGCAGACGUUUCUCAAUGGAUACAGUCCUGGUGACGCAUCUGAGAGCCAAUCAGACGCGCAUCAGUACCUCAGCAGACUUCUGAAGGAUGGAGCGAAGAAAGAAGUGGACAUCGAUGUGAAUUCGUAUGAAAUCAAAUUGCCCUCCUUCUACGAUAAAGUCAAGUAUGAGAGGGCGAGGAAGUUCUAUUUCGACAACAUCUACGGCUUCUUCAUCUCGAAUCUCACCGGCUUAGUGUCCAUUCUGGCCAUUCAGUCCAUCCUCAAGGUGCUCAUUUGCACGAAGCAAUCAUCAACGCCAAAAACAGCCUAUAGACGUUACUUAGCCACCAUUUUACACGUAGUCAACUUCUAUUCAGCAAAUCCCGAUGCAAAUUCCAAAUGCUACAAAUCAAUUGCGGCUGUGAGAAAGAAACACAUCAAAUCGUCGAAAUACGCUGAAAAGCACAACAGCGGAUCGAUAACGCAAAAGGACAUGGCAUUGACCCAAUUCGGCUUCCUUGGAUUUGUCCUGGUUCAGCCCAAAAUGAUGGGCAUCCGUGAGAAUGGGGAGAACUUUGAGGCUCUCGUUCACCUGUGGCGCGUCGUCGGCUACAUGCUGGGCAUCGACAAUGAGUUCAACAUCUGCACAGACUCUCUGAGUACAACCUUGCCGCGACUCCGACUGAUGGUGGCGGAAAUACUCGUGCCUUGCCUCAAGAAUCAGCCGCCGCACUUCCACGAGAUGGUGCAGUCCAUGAUCGAGGGUCUGUGGUGCUUCAAUCCCUUCCUCACCACCCCAGCCUUCACCUAUCUCACCUACCGUGCCGCCGGCGUGCCUGGCUACUACUACGGCAAGGAGGAGCAGGCGCUGGAGAUGCAGCGCCUCAAGAACACGCCCGAUCGCGCGCCGGAGAACAGCGACAGCGACGGCAUGAGUCCGACGUACAAGAAAAUGCCCUGGUGGAGUCGAUUCAUCGUCGGCUUCAUCAUCUACAUCCUGGAAACUCUGGUCUACGGAAGCACCAUCUUCCGAUGGAUCUUCAACUACAACAUCACAUCGUCUCUCUUCAUCAUCAAGUGGUUCCCCUUCUUGGCCUUCCCAAAGUUCGGCUUCCGCGCGUCUUACGUGCGAAUUCUCAAUGACGCCAACUGAACAUCCGCACUGCAAAAGCCACCCAAGAAGUUUAUUGCCAAUUUCCCUUGAUAGAUUUUAGCGCACGCAUUUCUGUACAUUCGCAUAAAUCUUGCCUCGUGUUUUUUUUAAGUUAUUCACCCCGAAAAGUACCAGUUUUUAAAGCAUGGAAAAGCUUCCAUAAAUGAUUAAUGAGUAUUUAGUUUGACGUAAACUAUGAAAUUGAGCAAUAAACUUCGUGAAUUAA